AUGACGUGUCUGGGAGUGUCCUUCGCCCUGAGAGUCAAUCAGGAAGCUGCACAGAUGACGGAGUUUCCACGGGUUGGCGCCCUUAAGACCUUAGAACUCUCCAGAUUCUUCGCCAGAGCCUGGGUGACGCCGGACACGGGAGGGUCGUGGGGAGAGGGCGCGGGCACGGAGCUGCGGGCUCGAGCAGAGGGCCCCGGAGCCGCGAGCCGGCCGGGCCUGCCUGCGGGACCCGGGGCUCAGGCGCGCUGUGCGCUUUCAGGCGCGCGCGCGGUCAGCGGACCAUGGCGCGGGAAACAAGCCAGGAUGGCGCGCGCGGGACACUCCGGAUCCGCACCGCGGGACACCUGGAUUCUGCGGCUGCUCUGCGGGCUGCUCUGCUGGAAUGUGGCCGAUGCUCACUCUCUUUCCUAUAAUAUCACUGUUGUUUCGAAUCAGUGGUGGUUUGAAGCUCACGGCCAAGUGGAUCAACAUACAUUCCUUUACUACAACAGUAGCAAUGACACGUGCAGUCCUGUGGGUCUAUUCGGGAUGAAAGUGACUAAAACAGAGGCCUGGCAAAAGCAACCUGAUAUUCUGAAAGACGUAGGGGACAUCCUCAGACAGCAACUGGCUCACAUUAAAUUAGAGACUGGUACAACCAAGGGAGAAGAUCCCUGCACCCUACUGGGCAAAAUGUCUUGUCAGCCUGAAGGCAAUGGAAAAAUCAGUGGGUUCUGGCAGUUAGUGUACAAUGGCCAGAUACCCCUCCACUUUGACUCCAACACCCAGCAAUGGACAGAGGUCCAUCCUGGAUCCAGCUGGAUAAAAAAGAUUUUGGAAGAAGACAGGUCUGUGACUGACCUCUUCCACAAGACCUUAGUAGGAGACUGUGCAAGCUGGUUGAAGGAGUUUUGGGGUCCCUGGGAGGAAAUGCAGCCCACAGCUCAGCCAACCCCAAACAAAUGCACCAGAAUCACACUCAGCAUCUAUGUUGUGUUACUCCUUGCCUUAUCCGCCUUAUUUGUCAACCAAGGAUGAAGAAUGCCAAACGCCAAAAUAACACAGAAUGCAAAAAAA